CAGCAAUGGAGUCCUGUUUUCACUCGAAGAGGGUUUUAAAUCCCCAAAUUUCAAUCUUUGAAACCCUAGAUGCUCUUCUGAAUUCGAUGGAGACUACGGAGUUUGAGGAUCUUGGGAAGCAUUGCAGCGUGGUGGAAUGCAAGCUCUUUGAUUUCAUGCCAUUCACCUGCGAUCGAUGCAGUCAGGCAUUCUGUAUGCAACAUAGAAGUUAUAGCAAACACCUCUGCCCGGAUGCCAAUCACAAAGACGCCACUCUUUUGAUUUGCCCACUCUGUGCCAAUGGAGUUCGGCUGGUCCCAGGUCAAGACCCCAACAUAACAUGGGAAUCUCAUGUGAACACUGAUUGCGAUCCAUCAAAUCAUCAGAAAGAAACUAAGAAAAAGAGGUGUCCUGUUCCCGACUGCAUUGAAACGCUUACUUUCUCUAACAUGAUACGCUGCCGAGAGUGCGCCCGAGAUCAUUGCUUGAAACAUAGAUUUGCACCAGAUCACAUGUGCGCAGGUCCUAAAAAACAAGACACCAGCUUCCCAUUUAUAGGCUUGCUAAGGAGGAGCCAGAAAUUUGAUUUGGUAGCUUCACAAACAUCCAACAACAGCUCAGUACCAAAUCAAAAUUCAAGUAAACCUUCACGGUGGAAUUCUGGUUUGCUGAAUGCUGUAUCAGCUGUUCGAGCCUCAGCUGAAGCCAGUAUGCACAGAUUGAGUAGCAUGACCGCACAAGCAAUGCAGAAGGCGAAAGAUGGAAUAUCUCGGAGUGGCAAUGGUGCUGAGCUUGUGGAGCAGUGUCCGCAAUGUCUACAAAGAUUUUCCUCUAUUUCUGUUUUAAUUGAACAUGUUGAGAGGUAUCAUGAUCACGAACGCAAUGCUCAUGCCUGCAUGAAUUGCAAUACAACCCAUAUCGGAAGUUGAGCAUAUGGAAAGGAAUCAUGGAGGAACAUCAAUGGCUUAAUACGGUGUUGAAGGCGAUGGAAUGCAUCUUUUCUUGUAAAUUGGAUCAGCAAUCGGAAGACAUAGCAGCUACUCAUUUGUUGUGCUUUUACUUUCGGCAUCAUUGGUGAUGUCGUACCAACUUAGUUUUGUUUAAAUGCCUGAAACAUCGAAGAAAACAAGUCUUACCUUCGCUUAAGAGGAUGGUCGCGGGCGUGAUGUGAAUGAUAUUGUAUAGUUCUUGGACUUGUACCACCUUUGUUCUACUAGCUUUUUAUUUGUAUUUGGCCAUAUCUUGUAGCUUCUA